GCCCGAGGGCGGGGCUGAUUCCAAUGGCUGCCUCUGCGGGUCUCGUGUGCCUGGGCGGAGAGGCAGGCUCGGGGCAGGGGCGGCUCCCGGCGGUCCCGGGCGGGGACAGGGGAGGGGUUGGGGGUGAGGACCCCGUCUCCCCUCCCUGCUCCCGCCCUCUGGGCCGAGCCCCACCGACGGGGCUGCGCGAAGGGGCGGGCUCUGUGCCUCGGGCCCUGUGCUUCAGCGGCGCAGCCCCGGGCUCAAUGGCUGCAGGGUCGCGGGGUGCCCUCGGGCUUGGCGGAGGUGAGCGAGGACGGAGGAGUAAGAGAAGCAUCAGCGUACCCCGGGAGACAGGAGCCCGCAGGGUCGGGGACGCCGCCCUCCGUCGCCGCUGACACAGAGUCUGGUGGAUACUGCGGUCCCUGGAGCACCGGAGCCUCGGGCCCCAGCAGCUAAGGGCCAGGGUCUGCCGCUUGCCCGGCCAGCACCCGCCCGCUGCCCUGCGGAGGCGCUAGGAGGAGCCGAGGGGGGCGGAGACUGGUGUCGGAGGAGGGCGGGGUGGGAACGCUCGAGAACCGGCCGCUGCACAGAUAAAAAUCGAAUGGCUGGAGAACCUUCUACUGUUACCAGCCUUUUAGGACCAAGCACGGAUUUGACAGCUCCACAACGUGAGGAUAUCCGCUGACCCCGCGACACAGAGAACACUUCCCCGGGACUCCCUGUCCUGCUAACUAGCUCUGUGAGAUUGCAACUUUCCAAGUUCUUUUUCAGUCUCUGUCAGAAGAUUGUCCUUUCGUGUAGGAAGAGGGUGCCUGGGAGAUCCGCCUUGUGGAUUGAUUUGAAAGCAUCAACUUUAAAAAGCACGUGUGAUUCCCAGUGCCAUCCAGACGCCUUCUUCCAUGACGGCUGGAUUUCUCUGACUUUAUUCUUAAACGUUUCUCGUGUUUGCUUGUUUGUUUAAAAAGACGGACUGCUUUAGGGGAAUACUGAAAGAAAGGUAACUGACUAAAGACCGAAAAAGAAAAAGCUCCCGAUUGUCAUGGCUGAAGGAGAGAAUGAAGUGAGAUGGGAGGGACUGUGCAGUAGAGACUCGACUACUAGAGAGACAGCACUGGAAAACAUUAGGCAGAUCGUUUUGAGAAAAACCGAAUACCUUCGUUCAGCGGAAGAGACACUUUACCAACCUUCAGACGGGCUUUCAAAUGCUGUUUCUUUGGAUGGGAUGAAUAAACUUCUUGCUCAUCUACUUAUGCUCUCUAAGAGAUGUCCCUUUAAAGAUGUGAGAGAGAGAAGCGAGUUCAUUCUGAAGAGCGUCGAGGAACUUGGAAUCAGAAUCCCUCGGCCACUAGGACACGGACCAAGCAGGUUCAUCCCAGAGAAGGAGAUGCUGCAAGUGGGGAGUGAAGACCCACAGAUGCAUGCUGUAUUUGCAGACUCCUUUGCUGCUCUGGGUCGUCUGGAUAACAUUACAUUAGUGAUGGUUUUCCACCCACAGUAUUUAGAAAGUUUCUUAAAGACUCAACACUACCUACUGCAAAUGGAUGGGCCAUUGCCCCUCCAUUAUCGACACUACAUUGGAAUCAUGGCUGCAGCAAGGCAUCAGUGUUCCUACCUGGUGAAUCUACAUGUCAGUGACUUCCUUCAUGUUGGUGGGGACCCCAAGUGGCUCAAUGGUUUAGAGAAUGCUCCUCAAAAACUACAGAAUUUAGGAGAACUUAACAAGGUGUUAGCCCAUAGGCCUUGGCUUAUUACCAAAGAACACAUCGAGGGGCUGCUGAAAGCUGAGGAGCAGAGCUGGUCUCUUGCGGAGCUGGUCCACGCUGUGGUCCUGCUCACGCACUACCACUCACUUGCCUCCUUCACGUUUGGCUGUGGGAUUAGUCCAGAGAUUCAGUGCGAUGGUGGCCACACCUUCAGACCUCCUUCUGUCGGUAACUACUGCAUCUGUGAUGUCACGAAUGGUAAUCACAGUGUGGAUGAGAUGCAAGUCAACGCAGCAGGAAAUGCUUCGGUAAGUGAUUCCUUCUUUGAGGUUGAAGCUCUCAUGGAAAAGAUGAAGCAGUUACAGGAAUGUCGAGAGGAGGAGGAGGCUAGCCAGGAGGAGAUGGCCUCGCGGUUUGAAAUGGAAAAGAGAGAGAGCAUGUUUGUCUUUUCUUCGGACGAUGAUGAAGUUACACCAGCAAGAGACGUGUCUCGGCACUUUGAGGACACUAGUUAUGGCUACAAGGAUUUCUCCAGACAUGGGAUGCACGUCCCAACAUUUCGUGUCCAGGACUACUGCUGGGAAGACCAUGGCUACUCUCUGGUGAAUCGUCUCUAUCCAGAUGUGGGACAGUUAAUUGAUGAGAAAUUUCACAUUGCUUACAAUCUGACUUACAAUACCAUGGCCAUGCACAAAGAUGUUGAUACCUCAAUGCUCAGACGGGCUAUCUGGAACUAUAUCCACUGCAUGUUUGGAAUACGAUAUGAUGACUAUGACUAUGGUGAAAUUAACCAGCUGUUGGAUCGUAGCUUUAAAGUUUAUAUCAAAACCGUUGUGUGCACUCCUGAAAAGGUUACCAAAAGAAUGUAUGAUAGCUUCUGGAGGCAGUUCAAGCACUCUGAGAAGGUUCAUGUUAAUCUGCUUCUUAUAGAAGCUAGGAUGCAAGCAGAACUCCUAUAUGCUCUGAGAGCCAUUACCCGCUAUAUGACCUGAUGCCUCUCCUCCAUUAAAGAAAUAAAAUUCUUUCAUCCUGGAAUGAACAGCAGAUUUAGUCUACAAGGGGAUGGACCCAAGCCCCAGGACCAAUGGUAGAUAAAAAGAAUUCAGAAAUCCGUGUGCCAUGAUUCCUUUAGUGUCUGCUAUUUUACUGUGGGACCUCGCUGCCUGUCUAGCAGGGAGCACUGGGCAGCCUCAGUGUUAGAGCAGCGAGGAAAGGCUGCUGGCCACAUGUCUGUCUGCUUUGGACAGGACAAGAUGCUGUGAACCUGUUCAGUACAGCAGCUAGUCAUUCUCCAGAUCCCAUGCUCUGAUGUGACAAGACAAGGGUACCGAGUUCAUCCAUAUGGGAUCGAGCAGAGCUCAAGGCUGCUGCGGCUGGGCAUGCACACGCACGACUCCAGCUGAGCGCUGCUGCCACCUGAGCCCAUGGCACACUGUGUGUUUUUUAAUUGAACAGGUGUGCAUUUUUUUUCUUGCAUCUAAAAACGCAUAGAACUAUUACAGCUCAGCCAAGACCAUGUUGGUGGUGACAGUUUGUUUCUUUCAUUAUAGUUUUUAAAAUUCAGUUAUUGGAUGAUUAAUUAUAAGAAAAACAGGCUAUCUUUUGAUAAACUGUUUCCCAGUAUUCUCUGAGCCUGGAGGGCAGCUGUCUUGUGCGGGAUUUUUGUUUCUGGCACCAACAAUGUGGAAAAUGUUGCUGCAAUCUGCUGCACAGCGAGUGCCAGGUGCGUUCUGCCCUGUGCCCCUGCUGACCUCGCAACCCUGACUUUGAAGGUUAUGCAGCUCCUUAAGAAAGCUGGAAAUUAUUUUAGUGAAGUCAUCAUAUUUGUAUCUUGACUUACAAAAAUGCUAACUUUGAAAUAUAAACAGGUUUGAAAAAAUGUAUUAAGUACUUUGUAUUCUGGAACCGUAAAUUGCUUUUGAAGUCUGUCAGUAUUAUUGGUAUUUUUCAAUAAAGAAUAAUUUCCACAGUUUGCUUU